UGUUUAUCUGGAUUCAUUAAAUUGAAUAAAAUGGGAGCGUUCUUUUCCAAACAGGAGCCUUCUCCCCCUCCGUCUCCAGAAUUCGAUAAGCCAUGGAGGACGAUGCCUUGGGGGAAAAAUGACUUGGAAAAGAAACUCAGGGAUUUCAGGCUCAACCAACCAAACAUUCAGUUUGUCAGGAUUCUGCUUGUUGGUGACACUGGAGCUGGAACGUCCAGCUUUAUCAACUCAGUCAACAAUGCUUUCCAAAAACGAAUCACCUCUGGUGCUCUAGUUAACACAGCAGUACGUGGAAAAAGUUUUACAAAAACUUACGAAACCCAUUACAUUGAAGGAGAGGAUGGUUCACUUUUGCCUUUUGCCUUUAAUGAUGUCAUGGGAUUUCAAGCAAAUGAAGCUGGUGCGCUUUCAGUGGACCUCAUCAGAGCCUUAAGGGGUGUUCUUCCAGAAGGAUACAAUUUUCAGAAGGCAUCAUCCUGCUGUGUGCAGGACUCUUGCUACAGAAGCAACCCCAGUCUUGAGGAACAAACCUUCUGCGUGGUCAACAUUAUUGCAGCAGACAAAGUAUCCAUGAUGAACGAUUCAGUUAUUAAUAAGAUGAAAAAUAUCCGUGAAGCAGCUGCAGAAUUGAAAUUGCCUCAAGUAAUCAUCAUGACAAGACCAGAUUUAGCAUGCCCACUGGUUAAAGGUGAUGUAAGGAAGGUCUACACCAGCAAGAAGAUCAAAGAGAAGAUGGAAAUGUGUAGUCAUCUGCUGGGAAUUCCAAUGAGUCACAUUUUCCCUGUGAAAAACUACCAUGAGGAGAUGGACACAGACGAUGACAUUGAUGCCCUGAUUUUCAAGGCACUUGAUCAGAUUGUGAACAUUGCCUGUGACGCGCUAAAGAAAAAAUCCUCUAACUCUGGUGACAAACCUAAGUAGGGAUUCAGAACCCAAUACCUCAAGUACAUGAAAAACACAUUAUGCAUAUGAUUUAUAAUUGAAGACGGUUAACAAAUAUGCAUU